UAAGUCAACUGUUAAAAUGGAGCUUGACAUCCAGUGUGAGGAGAUGAGCCCAUCUAGAUGGGCUGAACUUCUGUCCACAAUGAAAUCCUGCAAAUCCAUCAGGCUGGAUGACUGCAAUCUCUCCAGCAGUAACUGUGAGGAUCUCUCCUCCAUCAUCAAUAUGAAUCCGUCCCUCACAGAGCUGAAGCUGAACAACAACGAACUGGGAGAUGCAGGCAUUGAAUACCUGUGUAAAGGGUUGCUGACACCAAGCUGUAGCCUACAGAAGUUAUGGCUGCAAAACUGCAAUCUGACGAGUGCCAGCUGUGAGACUCUCCGCUCUGUCCUCAGUGCACAGCCGUCCCUGACAGAGCUGCACGUAGGUGAUAACAAACUGGGAACUGCUGGAGUGAAGGUGCUGUGUCAAGGGAUGAUGAACCCCAACUGUAAGCUGGAGAAGCUGCAGCUGGAGUAUUGUGAACUCACAGCUGAUAUUGUGGAAGCUCUCAAUGCUGCUCUGCAAAGCAAGCCCACCCUGAAGGAGCUCAGCCUGAGUAACAACACGCUGGGAGAUACAGCUGUAAAGCAGCUGUGCCAGGGACUGGUGGACGCAAGCUGCAACCUAGAGUUACUACACCUGGAAAACUGUGGCAUAACCAGCGAUAGCUGUCGGGAGAUUAGUGCUGUUCUCAGUAACAAGUCAUCACUGAUAGAUCUCUCUGUGGGGGAUAACAAGAUCGGGGACUCCGGUCUGGCUCUGCUGUGCCAGGGACUGAUGCAUCCUAACUGCAAAAUCCAGAAACUAUGGUUAUGGGACUGUGAUCUCACAAGUGCUAGCUGUAAAGAUCUCUCCAGACUCAUCAGUACAAAAGAGACCCUCACAGAGAUCAGUCUGAUAGACAAUAACCUGAGAGACUUGGGGAUGGAAAUGCUGUGUCAGGCACUCAAGGAUCCCAAAUCUAAACUCCAGGAGCUAUGGAUUAGGGAGUGCGGGCUCACGACUGCUUGCUGCAAGGCUCUCAGCUCUGCUCUCAGCAUGAACAAGCACUUGAAAGUACUGCACAUGGGCGAGAACAAGUUGGGAGAUGCAGGUGUUGAACUCAUGUGUGAAGGGCUGCUGCACCCCAACUGCAACAUCCAGUCUCUGUGGCUGGGUAACUGCGAUCUCACGGCAGCCUGCUGUGCAACCCUCGCCACCAUCAUGGCUACCAAGCAGUGCCUGACUGAGCUGGACCUGAGCUACAACUCUCUGGAAGAUGAAGGCAUCAGGAAGAUCUGUGAGGCCUUGAGGAAUCCCAGCUGCAACAUGCAACAGUUAAUUUUAUAUGACAUUUUCUGGAGUUCUGAAGUGGAUGAUGAACUGAGAGCCCUGGAAGAGUCCAAGCCUGAAGUGAAGAUCAUUUCAUGAGUGGUGUCUGCCCACAGAACAACGUCAAAGCAAUGUCUUUUUCUUAAUCUGAACUUUUUCAUACAUAAAGCUAUUAACUUAAUAGAAAAUUUGCUUGUACUGAAAACAUUUGUGGAUUCCCUGAGUGGGUGUCCAGGGAGCUGAUCAACCUUCUGUACAUCUCUGGAUGUACUAACUCCAAGGCUCUUGAAAGCAUUGUACAUUUUCACUGCAGCAUUACUAUCCUUGAAAUAACCAAUUACUGGGCAUCUUCUACAAGUGGGUCUCUACCCUUUAGGAGUUCUUUAAUCCUGUAAUCCCUUCUAAUACAUAAGGUCAGGGUUUAAAGAGAGCCCCUUUCCAAAGGCAGGAGGAGGACUA